GCGGCCUGGGUUCGGGGUGGUUCGGGUUCGGGUCGGGGAAGAUGGCGGCGCACUUCAGGGACAUCAAUGGCCGCAACAUCUUCUUCGAGCAACAGCAUCACUCGCCGCUCUGCCGCGAGUUUACCGUCAUCUCCCCGAAGCUGUCGCUCCGCUCCGUACUCGGAUACACCGCCUUCAUCUGGCUGGUGGCGUACUCCAUCUUCUACACCACGCAGAACACUUCAGUGCUCUCCGCCACCAUUAUCAUCACUCUACUUGGGAUGAUCCUGCACCUCCAUUUCUGUAAAGUCGAUCAGGAAUCGAUGCUGAUCAUUGGAUCGAUCGGAGUCCAGAUGAACACCCUGUAUGCCUCUGGUCGGGAGCAUGUGAACUUCAUCGAGAUGAAGAAAGUGAAAGAUAUAGUGAUCAAUGAAGGCUUUUAUAUGCAGAAAGUGAUCUAUUACCUGUGUAUACUACUGAUUGACACAGAGAGCCCGAGAGGCGUGUCCGAGGUGGUGCCAGUGUUCCAGAGUGCGAAGCCACGUCUGGAUUGUCUGUCCCAGGUGUACAGAAGCUGUCAGGAAAUCUUACAACAGACACAGGUUGAACAGUGAGAUUGUUGGUGUCAAGGAAGAUCCUUAUGUUUCCAGAAAGUGACCUAAAAGAAAUAUUUAAAAAAAAAUCAGUUUAAAAGACUUGCACCAAUGGACUCUUGCCAUCAAGGCGGCUUUGAAUACUUGCCAGCAUAAUCAGGAAGAUGGGCCCACCAGAUAUAAAACACCACACUACUAUCCAUUGGCAUUGCUAUUGACUGGAGUGUUCUUUGUUGGGUUACAUCUUGAAGGACAAUUUCUUACUUAUUUUGAGAAUUCAGCAAAACAUUGGAAAUUGAGUUGGAGAGGGAGACCAAGGAUUUAUUUUUGUUGUUGUUGCUGACUUGGCAGUGAGAAAAAAAAAACUUGUAUUCGUGAUCCGAGGAUGUGCCAGAAUACAUUGCUGCCAAGCGAGUGCUUUUGGAAUGUAGCCACUGUUGAAUAUAAGAGCGGAGCAGUUGAUUUUGUGCAACAAUCUGUCAGAAGCUGCAGUGUGAUAAUGUUCGAUGUCUUAGUACUGUUGGGUGAGAGUUAAACAUUGACCAAACACCAGAGAAGCUUUCCUAGUCCCCAAUGAAAUAAUGAGACUCCAAUCUGAGAGCAUAAUCAAGGCUUAACCAUUUCGUCCGAAAGGUAACACUCCCUCAGUAUAGUAACGGAGUCGGCUAAUUUCAUGCGCUCGGAGGAAAAUCUGGUAAUAAUUGCUAUCAGGGUUUCUUUAUGGAGACCUGUGUCUAAUGCUCCAUCUAACGAUGGCUAAUACUUUGGUUUGUAUCAAACUAUUGUUGUGAUUAUUAGUAUGGUAAUGCAGGAGCUUCAUUUUGAGGCUCGGUGUUAUGGGCGACAGUGGUGCAGUAGGUGGAGCUGCAGCCUUGCAUCUCCAGCAACCCUGGUUCCAUACUGACCUCUGGUGUUGUCUGUGUGCAGUGUACACAUUCUCUGCAGGCUGCACAAGUUUUCCCUCGCAUUGCACAAAAUGCUCUGGGUUGUGGGUUAACUGACCGCUGAAAAUUUAUAUCUAGUGAAGGUGGCAGGCAGAUCAGUAUUGAGUGGAAGGUAGCGAAUAGAUUACAAGGAACAAGAGGAAUAGGAUUGCUCUAAGAGACAACACAUGAUGGGCUGAAUGAUCUUCCUGCUAUAAUGAAUUAUGGAAAAUGAAUUUUAAGGCUGAUUCUGCACAAGUUGGUGUGCUAGCUUGACUAGGCUCUCUAGUGAAAGAUUAAAGACUAAUUGUGUGUGA